CUCUCCUCUUCCCCGUUCUGUGGGAAUCCCCGACAACGUGCUCCGCGGUGCCUCAAAAUAUUUAGACUUUAUCGGCUGUGUGUUUGUUUGUUUGUUUUGCUCCUCUCCCCGAGUCACCACUGACUCAUCUCUGUCGAGCAGCAGCAGCGGGACAUACAAGGCGUCUUGGCUCUUCCAUAUUUUCUCUCCGCUGGGAAAGGGGGAAAUUAAAUGAUGGAAGAGCAAGAUUUUGAAAAUUUGUCACUGAGCCAGCCCCUGCUGAGCCAGUCCUCCUUUAUAGAGCUGUGGGACAGCGUAGUCACUCCCUCCAUCUCUACCAUUCCUACGGUGACUGGUGUUGAAACAUGGGGGACGAAUGGAAACAUGGAAGCGCUGCUUAUGAAUGAUCAAGCGCUUGCUGAAAGAUUUGAUGAGAAUCUGUUUGAGCUGCCUCCAGAGGUGCCCUCUAGAGAUGGUGUUACUCCCCCGGCCUCCACCGUCCCGGUUACAUCCGACUACCCAGGGGAAUACGGCUUCCAGCUUCGCUUUCAGAAGUCGGGCACGGCAAAGUCUGUCACUUCGACUUUUUCGGAGCAGCUCAACAAGCUCUAUUGCCAGCUAGCAAAGACCAGCCCAGUUGAAGUGCUAGUGAGCAAGGAGCUUCCUGCGGAUGCCGUCAUCAGGGCCACGGCGGUUUAUAAGAAGACGGAGCACGUGGCCGAAGUGGUCCGCAGAUGUCCCCAUCACCAGAAUGAGGACGCUGCUGAACAUCGCAGCCAUCUGAUCAGGGUGGAGGGCAGCCAGAGAGCUCAGUAUUUUGAAGAUACGCACACAAAGAGGCAGAGUGUGACUGUCCCAUACGAGCCUCCACAGUUGGGCUCAGAGAUGACAACCAUCCUGCUGAGCUUCAUGUGCAACAGUUCCUGCAUGGGGGGCAUGAACCGCAGACCCAUCCUCACUAUUCUGACCCUAGAGACUCCAGAGGGACUUGUUUUGGGCCGGAGGUGCUUCGAGGUGCGUGUCUGCGCAUGUCCGGGCAGAGACCGCAAAACAGAAGAAGCAAAUAGUGAUAAGAUGCAGAACGGCACCAAACAAACAAAGAAAAGAAAAAGCGCCCCAACUCCUGACACGACUUCAGUGAAGAAGUCAAAGUCGGCCUCCAGUGCAGAGGAGGAGGACAAGGAGGUCUUUGUCCUUCACGUUCAUGGUCGUGAGAACUACGAGAUGUUGAAGAAAAUCAACGAUGGUCUGAAGUUGCUGACCAAAGAGAGCAAGACCAAGACCAAGGUGUCAGUGAAGCAGGAGUUUGCUCUGCCUUCCAGUGGAAAGAAACUCCUGCAAAGAGGAGAGAGGAGCGAUAGCGAUUGAGAGGCUCGUUUUGAUCAUGAGAACCAACGGCAUGUCUUUGUCCCUCCAAGCAAUCGGGUUUAUUUCAGGUUUUAAUUCGACAAUGGAACCCCAAUCACAAUCCUGCCUCAGUUCCCCCGGAAACUUGAUUCAGUGACUUGCUGUUUUUGACAUAUGCAAAUAAAGAUUAUGCAGAGGAGGGCAGUUCAUACUGUAAACAGGUCUGCCGCCUCCUCCUCCUCAAUACCCCUCAUCGCGUUUAAAAGUCUGUGAAAUAGCUUUUGAGAGCUUUAACUUUCUCAGCGUUUGCAUGAAACAGGAUAUGAGGGUGGGACUUAGCAUUGGGAGGGUCUGCACUCAAUCAGUGUUAAUCGUGGCAGGGAAACUCAUUUGAGUUUUAAUGAUUACAUUUUUAAAAUUUGUCAUGUCACUUAUAAUGCAUUAUUUGUACUCCAGUUUAUUUUCUUUUCUCUCUUUUUUUUAAUAACAUUUGUAUGUUUAGUACAAAAUAGUAAUUAUGGUAAUUUGGGUUUUUAAGAAAAAGCAUUUGGCCAAAUUAGUUUUUAUCUUUUAUACGAGUCACUGCCAUUCGCUUGAGAAAGUGUUUGUAAAACUUGAAUGGAUGUUUACCUCCAUUAUCGUAGCUGUAUUACUGUCAGUGGGGCUCUUUAUAUUUUUUUUGUACUCCAUUUUUAUAUAUAGUUCAGUACAUAAAGCUGUAAUUUCUUUUUUUUUUUUAAUCCAAGGAUCAGUUAUUUUCUCGUCAGGAUCGCCUCCGAUUAAACGGUGAUGAUUCUGCUCGCAGGGAACAUGUUUUGUCAUGAUUAUUUUUGUGAAAAUUAACAGUAGAUUUGGUAGUUGAAGGGCUGGCUGGAUCACCCCAAAACCUAAUCACCUUUUAGUAUUUGUACCGUCUUAUAUACGGAAGAAAGUGUUGGAGGAAGAAUAAGUGGAAUUUUGACAUGACCAUACAGGAAAUGCACAAUUUAACCAGGAACUCCUUAUUUAAAAAAUAAUUAGGAUGUGUUUUGAGGUUAAAGCCCCUCGGUUCAGAUACUGAGAACUACUGCCUGUCUGUCAGGAUGCCCCCGCUGUGAUCUGAUUUUACAUUUCCGUUUCUGCCCCCACCCACAGACCAUGCAACUUGUUUAGCGCUUCAGUUUGAUGUGACCAAUCACUGUUGAGGCAAAACCACUUUUUUUACACUGCCAAAAAAAAGUAUAUUAAAGGCAUUUCUUUGUUUUAUUUCUGUAACUUUAUAGAUUAUUUUGGGAACUUAGUUUUGUAUAAGAGGUUUAUCUUUCUAUUUUUUCAUUGUCAUUUUUUUUCAUGGCUUUAUGUAAUAAUUUGCAUUUUGUUUUCCACAGCUUUGAUACUAAAUAAACAUACUUGUAACAUAGAA